CAUGAUGGUCUUGCUCUUACUCCUUUCGAAAGAAAUCCGGACAUGUGGAGAGAACUUUGGAGGGUUGUUGAACGUAGUGACGUUGUCGUUCAGAUUGUGGAUGCUCGUAACCCACUACUAUUCCGAAGUAAAGAUCUUGAUGCUUACGUGAAAGAAGUGGAUGCGGCUAAGCAAACUCUUCUUCUUGUUAAUAAAGCCGACCUUCUCGAAAAAUAUCAUCUUGAGGAAUGGGCGAAAUAUUUUACCGAAAACAACAUUAAAGCAGUUUUCUGGUCCGCUCUCGACGAGUUGCCAAAAGCUGAAGAUAACUUGGAAUGUGAGGCAAUGCCGUCUACUGCGUCAUCAUCAGUAAAUGGGCAGUUGUACUUGCGGACUCGUGAUGAGCUCAUACAGUAUCUCAAAGACAUUGGGCAUGCUUCCGACACGCCUGGAUCCAAACCCGUGGUUGUGGGAAUGGUCGGAUAUCCUAAUGUUGGAAAAAGCUCAACAAUAAACAAAUUAGCAGGAGAAAAGAAGGUGUCAGUUUCUGCAACACCUGGCAAGACACGACAUUUCCAAACGAUUCAUAUAGAUAGUCAACUUUGCUUAUGUGAUUGCCCUGGUCUCGUGAUGCCCUCUUUCACGUUUGGAAGAAAUGAGAUGUUUUUGAACGGUAUCCUCCCAGCUGAUCAAAUGCGAGAAUAUUUUGGACCAGUUGCUCUUUUGAUGACUCGUGUACCAGUAUCAUUUUUUGAGCAGACAUAUUCGAUUAUGUUGCCAGAAGGAUCGAAGCCGUCCGCAUUGAAUCUGCUCACCUCUAUAGCAUUCAUGCGUGGGUUUAUGUCGGCAGCAGGAGUUCCGGAUUGUUCAAGGGCUGCGCGAUUUCUUAUCAAGGAUGUUGUGGCGGGGCGGCUACGAUGGGUUGCCUGUCCUCCAGGUGUUGACCAGGAUGAAUUCAAUAAUCAUCUGUAUCCAGCUGAUGCGGGGAAGUCAGGAGCAGGUCGUGUUCAGCUGGAGCAACUAGAAAAGCGUGGGCUUCUUGAAGGCGAAGGUGCUGCGAACAGGCAGCUGGAUUCAAUGUUUUUCGAAGAAACUAAAGGUGCGGCUCACGUCAAAUGUUCGAAGCACAAUUCCGCGUUGCCAACAGGCGCCACUGUGGUGCCUACAACGGCGGAAAGAAAUGAUAAACGACAUCAUAAUAAAAACAAGAAAGAAAAACUACGAAGACCGGGCAAGGUUGUCCUUGUCUUACGAGGGAAGUACGCUGGCAGAAAAGCACUUGUUGUGAAAGCUCAAGAUGAAGGUGGUGCUGAUAGGGCUUAUCCUCACGCUAUCAUUGCCGGUAUCGAUAAGUACCCAUUGAAGGUCACGAAAAGCAUGGGGAAAAAGAAACAGGAGAAGCGAAAUAAGUUGAAGCCCUUUGUGAAGGUUGUUUCCUACAGUCAUCUCCUUCCUACCCGAUAUUCUGUUGAUGUUGCUUUCGAUAAGGCUAAUAUCAACAAGGAGUCCCUGAAAAUCCCCAAAAAGAAGAGGUGCGCACUUGCGGAAAUCAAGUCUAAAUUUGAGGAACGCUACAAGACCGGCAAAAACAAGUGGUUCUUCACCAAGUUGCGUUUCUAA